UACUUACUCUAUGCUAAUUACUGUAUUGUAUAGUUUACACGGACCCACACGGACCUUUACUUUGUAGAAAACAGAAAGCCGAAAAUAUCACAAGUCUAAAAAAAACAUUUGUCUCAGUUUUUCUUUUUAUCACUCAUAAUUGUGUGCAGUUGUUUCAGUUGUGUCGUCGAGGAAACCUGAAGCAAACACUCUGUGUGCUGUGUGCUCAGAGAUUGAUUAACUUCAGUAGAUUUAGAGACUUGAGCUUGAGAGCCCAUUCACUGAUGACAGACUUAGUUGAACAACAUGAAUUAAAUACUAUACAACACAAAGAAUUGAUGAACUGCACAACUGCACAUCUGAAGUGUAAUUUGACACAAACAACAUUAGGAGCUAACCAUUGUGACUUGUACAUAGAUCACACUGAUGAAGAGGAGCAGACAGCAGCAGAGGAAUCAGUAGUGGGAGAUGUUGCAACCAUUGUGGUGAAGAAAGAAGGCAGUUCUGACUCCAUGUCGAGUGCUGAUAACUUGGAACUGCCACUAGAAGAUCACUGUGUAUCCAAGAAGGAAUACACUAUAAGCAUCAAGUUAGAAGAGGAUCCACUGGCUGAGGCUGUGAGUGAAGCUCUUCAUAGAAAAGCAGCAACUUCCUGCACUGCAGUUGCAAAACAUGUGGCUGAAACAAAAAGUUGCAUAAAGAUUGAAAGUGUUACCUUUGAAUGCACAAUUUGUUUAGAGGAAUUUGUGGAAGAGAAUGCAUACUACGAACAUAGGAUCAUGCAUCUUCAAGUGAGACUGUUGUGCACUCUUCGACAGUGGUGGUAUAUGGCCUCUGUGGACGGACAGACAUGUAAAUGAGUUGUGUAUUUGGCAGGACACUGGCGGCGACGCUGCAUGUGAUGCAUCACAAGUGUGCGAGCCUCGUGCAGCUGUGAGCCGCAGCGGUGACUCACUUGUGCAGAACAAGUCAGUAUACAAGGACACUAGUGUCAUGACACAACACUGCUUGUGCACUACGUCCCAGCUCAGACUCACAUUCUGCUGCUGUUCCACAGGACAGGGAGUCAGAGGCUGAGCGAUGAGCCUCCCCCGGCUGCAGGCUGCGCUCCGGCUGUAGUCGCUCCACUGUCCGCGAGACUUGCGGCAAACGACGAGAGCAAAGUGCAGGCAACUGAAGAAGCAGGUGCAAUCCUGAAAAGCGAACAAAUCUUUGAAACUGACAUUGGUGAACUGGACAACCGAUCGUCUCCGAGCGG